AUGGCUGGUUCAGAAAUAGAAAGAGACGUACUUCUUCAAAUAACUUUAAAUGACAAAAAGAGGUUAGGAGGUUCCAUGAAUUCUGAAAACGAAUUGUUCUUGUCCGCAGAAGGUAUUGGUGAUUUACAUUGGUGGAUUAGGAAUGAUACAUCGACACAAUUACCUACUAAUGAUGGCACACAAUGGAACAUGUCAUCCCUUAGCCAAGUCGAUGUCUCUAGUUGCACUGUUAUGUGUCCACAAGGUGUGAAUAUCAUUAACUCAGAUGCUGUAACAGAAUCCGGUAUUUUUGGUGAUAAUUUUACUUUUAACUGUCCUGAAGUUAAUCAGCUGACAGAAAAUAAUUAUACGGGUACUCUGUUGUGUGGUGAAGAUGGUAAAUGGAUAGUACAGCAGGCUUGUCCAGAAGAAGAAUCAAAAAUACAAUUAUAUCUACAAGAUACAAAUUGUUACAAACAAUUUUAUGUACCAAAUAUUGUUAAAAGGUGA